AUGUCUUCUAUUCUCUCGAGAUAUGGAGGAUAUCUUCGCCCAUUAUUCCCUAAGGUUAGCUCAUUCAUUACUCAACUGAGCCGGAGAGGUCACCUUGGGUUCCCACGUCCCUUACAGUUCCAACAAAUUGAAAAUAAGAAAAACCUUCGGAGCAGCUUAUUAAGGAACCGAAGGACGGCUCGGGGCAGCUGCCAAUCCAAGCCGGGGCUCCCGAUAAUGAGAAGAAGAGACGGUGAGCGGAGUCCUGGUUUACUUCCGAAGCCCGAAGGGACAAGGUCGAACGCCUGUGACAAAGAGACAGGUACCAAGGAUUCCGGAGAACCCUUGAACUAUCCAUGA